UGUCACUCCUUGGUAGUUUCUAGUUUGUCAGUUGUCAUUACAAACAAAAAUACAGUGACUUGAAAAAUUAUAAAUCUUCAAUAAAUCUGAAAAUGAGUUUUGCACUGCCUUCAGUGAAACCAAGAGCCUCCGCUCCAGAAAAUUUUGAAAUACACGGAGACAUGUUUGGUGCCCAGGAAUUAAUGAAAUAUGGUUUACAGUCUGCAAAAUGUAGCACAGAAGUACCACAUCAGUUGUUCUCCUCUGAAGCAAAGUAUCAUGCAAACAGGGAACAGAUGAAUAUGACUAUAUUAGCAAACACCCAAGGCUUACAUGCACCAUUACGAUUAGCCAUGGAACUGAAAUCCUCUAAGAAAAUCGGAAGGUUGCCUUUCUUGCCUUCUUCUAAUAUUAUGCACGAUGUUCUUACCGGUAAAGACCUUGAUGUAGGACCUGAAGAUGUUUAUGGUACUUCAGAGUUUUUGGAAUUCUCAGGUCAACCUCAUGCUGUUGUAGAAAAGUCUUUAGGUAUUUUAUAGUUGUUUAAGUAAACUUUAUUUUGUAUCCAAUAAACGAUUUCAUGUAGA